CUACAACUGAUCUGCGACACUUCAACAGCAUCGUGAGUCUUGGAGCUAUCGGAGAAAUUACCAUUGGCCAUGAAACUCCUGCUGCUGGUAGUGCUUGCUGCUGUUCUGGUGGUCGUCUUCGCAGAUAACAACAAGGAGACGGACGACACCGGGGACAACAGCUUCAACAGUGUCGACGACGGUGAUGAUGGUUUGAACGCCGUGGACGAAGACGACGGAAUAGAUAUGAAUGAUGAUGUAAACACUGACGCAAAUGAUGAUGAUGAUGAUGAUGAUGAUGAUGAUGAUGAUGACAAGGACGAUGAUGACGACUCCAAUGAUGCUGAGUAUGAUGAUCAUGAGGACACAUCUGAUUUGGAGGAAAUACAACCGAUUGACCUGAAUUACCUAGAUGAGCUUCACGAUCCUUGAGUUGCACCAUGCCGCCCACACUGGCGAAGAAAAAAGAAUCUACGAUCAACCAAAUCCCUAUUAAAUGUUAGCUUUUGUAAACCAUUGAAACAAAUACAACGGAGUUCAAAACAAAAAUGAUUACGAUUUUUUGUUUUUCUGAAGAUUAUGUAGAUAAUAAAAUGAUGAAACUGUU